AGUUGUUUGCAAUGCCUGUCUUCGACAUGAUGGAGAGUACCCUGGUGAAGAAGCUGAACUUCAAGCCAUCCUUCAAGCUUCGAUUUAUUACUCGUACCGUCUACGUUGCACUCACAAUGUUUAUCGGCAUCACCUUCCCUUUCUUUGGUGCGUUGCUUAGUUUCUUCGGAGGAUUCGCUUUUGCACCAACGACAUACUUCCUCCCCUGCAUCAUUUGGCUUGCCAUCGUCAAGCCAAAAAAGUUCAGCCUUUCAUGGUUCAUCAACUGGAUUUGCAUCAUACUUGGGGUAAUGCUGAUGAUUCUGGGGCCGAUUGGAGGAUUAAGAAACAUCAUCGUGCAUGCCAAAGAUUUCAAAUUCUACAAUUAGUGUGAGAAACAACAGUUGCAGUAGAGUGAAGGAAAUGAAACUGACAAUGAUGAAAAAAGAAGCCGAAGGAAGGGCAUUUCAAACUGUUGUUCAUAGAGGCCUGUUAUUCUAUUUUAGGAUGUCAAUCAGAUUUAAGAUUUUAUUUUGUCUCAUUGCCAGAGUAGGAGGUUUGGAAUACAGUACCAGUUUGUUUACCACUUCUGUUGAUAACUUGGUAUUCUUCUGCACUUCUAUUUUCUAUUGUGAACAGUAUCUUCUUAUGCAGUAGGAAAGUAAUGUAGUUGGGAUUCCAUUUCAUUUCAUCUGUUGAUUUGUCAUCCACUCAUCCUCCAAUUACGAAUCAAUAUGCUCGAGCUCCAAAAGA